AAGAAGCAGGCCUCCAGCGGAGGAGCCUGAUGUGGGGCUCGAUCCCAGAAUGCUGGGAUCACGCCCUGAGCCGAAGGCAGACGCUUAACGACUGUGCCACGCAGGCGCCCCUGGAGCCUGUUUCUGAGCCCCAGCCCUAUGGCUACUUCCCUGAGAUUUUCAUGAUCCUGACUGCUCGAUUGUGUCUCCAGAACUCUUCCACUCCCAAAAGAACACUCCCCUUUACUUUAAAUGGACCUCUCUGAUGCCGGACAUUUGCCUGGAAGCCGUCAGAUUGCUGUUUCCUGAGCCACGCUGGUUUCCCAGUGUGGAAUCCUCUCAAGGCCCAAGACUCAGACCCACUUUCCUGCUUUCUCCAGUCAGAUACUGUGCCAGGCACCAGCCCUUUACUCCUGUCUGUCCAGUUAAAAUCAAGAAAUGGAAGAUGCUGGACACUGCUUGUCCCGGCUUCCGCCAACACCAGUGGGGCCCCAGAUAGGGCAGCCGUAAAUGUCGCUGUCUGGAAACCCCGAACAAUACUAGAUGGCUAUCUUGAGUGCUCUGUGUGGGGCACGCUCUGCUCUGGAGACUCUAUAUUAAUCUAAAAGCCCUAUAAAACAGGUGCCACCCUCAUUCCAUUCUGCCGCUGAGAACUGGAGGCACGGAAAGGCAAAGAAGCUUGCUCUUGGUCACGCGUCUGAAAUGUGGCAAGACUUGAACCUCAGGAAGUCGGGCUCCAGAGCUUCCCAUCUUAAUGGGCUGUCCAAAGGCCGUGAGUUGGGCACCUGUGGUCCUGUUCACAUUGGAGGAGCCUCUGCUGUGUGUGUGUGUGUGUGUGUGUGUGUGUGUGUGUGUCUGGAAGGACAGGUGGUUCUUUGUAAGCACAUGGUCACUUUUUUAACCAAGGGAGAGAAUUUGAAUCACCUAGUGAGAUUUCGUAAACCAUUUCUUCCCGUCCCCACCCCAGAUCAAUUGUGGCUGCGUCUGUAGGGAUGGUUCCCAGGAACACCUGCUCUAAAAAUCACCCCCAUGUGGUUUUUAUGCCCUUUCAGACUUAAGACUACUACAUUUGGAAGUUAGAAGCACCUCUGAGUAUUACUUAGCAAUUCUUGGAGCAUCUCUACCCACCACUGCUCAGUGUGCAUUUAGGGAAUGUUAUGCUAGAUGUACUGAAUGGAUUUUGGAAAUGAAUUUGCUCAGAUAGCCUCUGUGCAAAGGGGAGAUUACUCCCAGUCUGUACGGUGACAAGGAUCCGAGAGUACUUGGCCCUUCUCCGAGACCCAGACCCUUUCUGCCAUCUGACUAACUCUCCUACCUCUCCCCAACCUGUUCUCUUCUCUGGGCUCUGGCUUCCUUCCUCCCAAAUUUAGUUUCCACGAAGUUCUAAGUAGAGGCUAUGUUUCUUCCCUGAGAGCAUGAAAAAAUACGGAUUCCUAUUUGAAAAAAAUACACCCCCCCAUGUAAGUUCUCUGUCUCGAAUCGUGCCCCGCUGCUCGCUCAUUGCUGAAUUAUGUGAAUCCUGCAUUUUCAGAACCUCUUCUGUUUGUAAUUUCUUAGGCUACCAGCCCCACUCUCCAUGGUCUGGUCUCCAUGUCUUUGUUUAGGACGAUGGCGCUGGAUGCCUUGCCUCUGUAUUCUCUCUGCUGAGCUCUGUCAUCCUCUCUGCUGCUGGAUUAAUCUUCUGAAAUCAGUCCCCAGAUGCCACUCUGCUCUCUGCUCAGAGGUUGACUCUCCCACUGCUGAAGGGAUCAAGUCUGAAGCAAGAUGAGAAGAGUAAAGCAUGGGAAAAUUACUUACUGAAGAUAACACAGCCAGACAUGCAAACAAUGAAGGUCAACCAGACGGUCCUGAACGAAUUCGUUCUUGUUGGCUUUUCCGUGUACCCACACGUGCAGAUAUUCCUCUUCGUGGUUUUCCUUUGCCUCUACCUUCUCACCCUCACAGGUAACCUGGCCAUCAUGGGUCUAACCUGGGUGGACAGAUCUCUCCACACCCCUAUGUACCUCUUCCUUAGGGCCCUCUCUUUGUCCGAGACUUGCUACACACUGGCCAUCAUCCCCAAGAUGCUGGCAGAUCUGCGGACUGGGCACAGAAGCAUCUCAGUCGUGGGGUGUGGCUUGCAGAUGUGUUUCUUCUUGGGACUCGGUGGCACCAAUUGCAUCGUCCUCACCUUGAUGGGAUAUGACCGCUUUCUGGCCAUCUGCAACCCUCUCAGAUAUCCACUGCUUAUGACCGACGUGGUGUGUGGUCAACUUGUGGCCUCCGCGUGGGCUGGAGGCUUCCUUAUCUCUCUUAUAGAGACUGUGCUGAUAUUCAGGGCCUCCUUCUGCAGCCCCAACCUUGUCAAACACUUCUUCUGCCACAUGCGGGCGGUGGUGAGGCUGUCCUGUGCAGACAGGGCCCUCACAGAAUCCAUUGUGACGGCGAUCUCAGUGUCAGGCUUGACGGGCACCUUCCUUCUCAUCCUCAUCACUUACGUGUUCGUUCUCUCCACCGUCUUCAGGAUCCCGUCAGCCGAGGGCAAGCGGAAGGCCUUCUCUACCUGCGCCUCACAUCUCACAGUGGUCAUUGUCCACUUCGGCUUUGCAGCUAUUGUCUAUCUGAAGCCAGAAGCCUCGGGAGGAGAUGACACGCUCAUGGCGGUCCCUUACACGGUCAUCACUCCUUUCCUCAGCCCCCUCAUUUUCAGCCUCAGGAAUAAGGACAUGAAGAAUGCCUUAAGGAAGGUGCUGGGAAAGAGGAGUUUCUUGAAUAAAUAA